AAUUUACCUGAAUAUUAAAAAGGAAACAAAAUGAAUGAGGGGAGUGAAUACUCCAUUCACUCAAUAUGCCGAAUCUGCUUAAAUCACCUUCGAAAUGAUCCGGCGUACGACCUGUUUCUCGUUCCGGGUCUGGCCAAAAAACUGUGUGUGUGUACUUCACUCUCAGUGGAACAGCACGAUGGCUUCCCGAAAAACCUUUGCACCAAUUGCUACACCAAGCUGAACGACCUGCACGGAUUCCAGAAACUGUGCGUGGACUCUGUACAAAAGUUUCAGGAAAUGGUCGCUAGCAAUUAUUUUACACCUGUUAUUGCCGAUAUUAAUCAAAUUGACAAUGUCGACAUACUGCACGUUCCAGCGCACGAUGGGGAUAUGGAAGAGGAUCGCAUCAACUUUGAUCCGCUGCUAAAUACGAAAAUUGAGAUAAUUGAAAAUGAAGAAGAGGUUUUCAAAAUGCUGGAAGAUGUGGACAAAGAAGCGGAGGAGGUAGAAAAAGAGAAGGAGUCAUCUAGUGAUACUGAACACGAUAAUGAUGAUGAUGUUGACUUUGAAGCGAAUAGCAGUGAAUCUGACGACGCCAUGCCCCUGUCGCGUUUACGAAGCACUACCAGAGCGUCAAAGACAAAGGCUAAGAAGAGCACUGCGGAUGAUUUUGACGAUGAAUCUUCCAGCUCUGAUUCGGAUGACGAUGACAAUGAUGAUGAUGAUGACGACGAUAAACCCAGAACGAAACCAAAACGCAAACGCAUUCCGGCUGCUGAGAGACACUUGCAUCGCCUCAUCGAUUGUCACAUUUGCCACCAAAAAUUCAAGAAGGCAAUUCGCUACGAGGAGCACAUGAAGCAUCACAACGAUCUAUUGCCAUUCCAGUGCACUGUGGAAACCUGCAGGAAGGGUUUCACUACGGCUGGUGGUCUGCGCCUUCAUAUGGACCACGCCCAUUCAGAAUUCUCUGAAGUGCACGCCUGCACGUUUGAGGGAUGUGACAAGACCUUCCCUCGAUCUGUCUUACUCACGUUCCAUAUGAAAAAGGUGCACAAAGUGGCAAAGGCUGACACCCGUAAUCAUCCGUGCACGGACGAAAAAGUCUUCCGUUGUCCAACGGCGCUUAAGAAACACAUGUAUAAGCACACUGGCGAGGAGCUGCCUUUUGCAUGCGAGAUCUGUGGCAAACGGUUCCACAUCCAUAGUGUGCUUAGAGACCAUCUCUUGCGCCAUGCCGGUGUAAAGAAUCAUGUGUGCCCCUAUUGCGGCGUCGGUAAAACCACUCGCCAGGAGUGGAACAAACACAUAUUGACCCACACCAAGGAAAAACAGUUCCAGUGUCGCCAGUGCGAUCAUGCUUCCCACAACAAACAGGCUUUGUCCAAUCACGUCAAGGUGGUUCAUAUGAAGAUCAAGAACUUUGCGUGUCAGUAUUGUGGCAAGACCUUUGGCAAAUCGCAUGCAUGCAAGAUCCAUGAGAGACUUCACACGGGCGAAAACUGCUGCGAGUGCAAGAUCUGUGGCAAGAUCUUCCUUUUCGAGAAAAGAUUAACCAAGCAUUUGCAGAUCCAUGAGAAACGUGAAACAGCUCCGCCUUCAACCGUUGUUAAGCCGCAAGAGGAGGGAGACGCUCAAAACACGCAGAAUGUGAACCAGGACUUGACUGAGCCAGUGGAUGUUAAGCCCGUGCCAAUAAUUCCUCCUAAACCGAAAAAUUCGCAUCGAGUUGAGCGUGUUGAUAUAUCGCAGCUAGCAGGCACUUCUGUCAAUCCAAUAUCAUCAGUAUCGGUGCCAUCCUGGGCGCCACAAGUGAACUUCACAAAGAAGGAAGGCCAGCACAUUUGUCCAGGAUGUGGUCGUGGCUUCAACCACAUCGGCAAUAUGAAACUUCACUACAAGAUAAUACACGAAAAGGUGAAGGACUUUGCCUGUCGCUAUUGUCCAAAGCGCUUUGCCAAAGCGCAGUACCUUCGCAAUCAUGAAUAUAUCCAUACGGGCGAGAAGCCGUUCGAAUGUAAGAUUUGUGGCAAGCAUUUCCGUCAAGAGCAGGUAUUGAAGACGCAUUUGAAGGUGCAUGAUAAGCCGCCGAAGCCUCCCAAAGCCAAAAAGCCCCCAAAGCCAUCUGUUAGCAAAGCAAAGGGAUUGAAGGUUGAGCUAAACAAAAAACAACCAAAGAUUUUUGAUGAGUUCCAGGAUCCCGCUGCGGAACGUGCCGCCGCAACUGCUGCAUUGCUGGCACAACAGAUGGAGGAGAAUGAAGCGAAGCGCAAGGCAGAGGAGGAGACGCGCAAGAUUCAAGAGGCUGCAUGCGAGCAGCUCAACAGACUUCAAAAGCAGGUGCAGAGUGAGAAGGGCUCCUAUGACAGCUACUAUGGACAAAAAGCGGAGGCUGAUGGUACUAACCUGGAUGCUCUCAAAUUAGAUCAUGUGUAAAUCGAAACGCUGUCCCAGUCGUUUUAAGAUAUCUAAUGAACUAUGCGAAUCCCUCGAAUGGCCUCACAUGUAUAACUUAAUCCGCCUAAUCAUUUUACUUAUGUAUUAAACAAUUAAUUAAGAAGUGCGUGUUGUAUUACAUACUUACCCUUAAAUUCACUAAAUACUUUAACAUUUAGUAGCUUAACGGAUAUAAAUAAUUGUUAAAUAUAUAUUCUGAGGAGGAAUCUAUUGCUUGUCUUCGCUCCAACCCCAAAGCCGAAUGAUUAAAUGGGAAUCUACUGAUGAACUGAAGAAUUGAGUCUUCCUAUGGAUACCCUGAUUACCAUCCCGAACCCGAACUGUGGAAAUCUCUAGAAUCUGCAUUAAAACCACGUAAACCAUACUUUCAAAACUUUCAAGUUAUCAAGUUAAGCACCAUUAAAAUGACAACAUGGUUAUUAUGAUUAUUGCUUAAGGAAAUAUACAUACUCGUAUAUAAA